AUGAGUGAUAUUCGAGAUAUUUUAGAGUUGGAUCAAGGACUUGCUUCUGUUCCCACCAAAGAAGCUAUUGUCGGGGGAAACAAGGUAAAUUUGUUCUUUCUUUUGAUAUUUUUUUACGAGUUUUCUUACUUUCUGCAUUGAUGAUAUAAGUCAUGUUUACAGUCACACCGUGUGUGAUUAAGCUUGCUGUAAAACCAGUUUGAGAUCUUCAUGUGAGAUAUUUUUAAGUUGGCACUAUACUCGAAGUGCGACGCCUGUUGAGCCGGGAAUUGAGCAGCACUUGUCCCUAAGGAUGUACUUGUAGUUAUGUGCCGCCAGGAAAGAGGGGUAAUUAUUUUUUAAACAGAUUUUCUUGAAUUCUUGCUUUUGUCACCUUGAUGGGAAGUAUCAUGCAUAAUUUUUAUGAUCGUGAAAGGAUUUCAGGCAUCACAUGAGGAAAGUCCUUGUUUUCAUUCAAACUGAAAUGGCUUGCAAAUUUUUCUUUAAGUUUACUUUAAUCUGAUUUUGGAUGUGCAAUUUACUGUAAUAAUCUUGACCAUUUAACGGAAGAGGAGCUUACUCUUUCAUGCUGAGACAUUUUACAGGAUAUUUUUUUAAACAAUGCUCCUAAUCAACAUCUUUUGUUUUUCAUUGGAAUGUAAUUUUCACAUAUUGAACUAAAAGCUUAUUCUGUGAUUUUUAAGUCUUUUUGUUAAUUUUUGAGAUAAAUGCAUUUUCAGAUAAUUCACUAAUAACCUUGUUCAAAAGUUAAUUCAGCUAACAAAUCAGACAUUUGAAUUUGAAAAAAAAAUGAUUGAAAAAUCAAAUGAGGAGGAUGUUGAAAAAAUUUGAAAAAUCUCACAAUGGCCGACAUUUAGGUAGUUCAAUACCACUUGUAAAAACAGCUCAAACAACAAAAAUACUGUAAAAAGCAUGUUUUGGGUGAAAAUUUAAAAAAAGGUUGCAGAGUAUUACCAAGGAAAUAGAAAAUUAUGAGCCAACCUAGCUUAACACUUUGCUUGAGUGAUCCAACACCAAAAUUAAAAACAAACAUGGUUAAACUUCGGAAAUGAUGAUUCCAUUUCAUCGAAAGUGAUUGGGACACAGACUGAACAAUUCCUGGAACUGUUUAGCUGGACUUAGAACUUUUUUAAGCGUUAAAGAUGUGAAGAUAUCAUUGCACAUUAUUGUUUUGAUUGUAUGUGGUUGUUUUGACUGAAUGCACAGUUUGAAUAAAUUAUUUUGGCACUUGAUGCAUGGGCUUUGUUUAUGCUCAAUUAUGAUAAGCUAUCUCAUAUUUUUCAUGUUUAUUAUUAACACAUAAUCACAAAAUUUUUCUCGUGCAAUUUGGAAUAAAUAAGCACUUGUUAAUUUUUUCAAAGACCACAAAUUGCACUCACCCUAUAGGCUUUGUACAAUUUUGUUAGUCUCUAAAAAAAUUUACUUGUGCUUAUGUAUUCCAAAUUGCGCUCAAAAUCAUGUGAUUACCUAUACGAAUGAAAAUGCUAAUUUUUCUUUUGUGAUACCCUAAAACAGGGUUUUCAUAAAAAGGAGGAUAUGUGUAGAUCUUGUUCAAGAUGUGUGUUGGUUAGGGUUUGGUACAGAGGUGUUACAGUCAAUAUACAUAUACUCUUCCUGAUUGUAUUGUAAUUUGAUAACAGAGGUAACUUUCUACACCUUUUAAAGUAACCAGUUAAGUUUGCUAUCUGGUGGCUUGUUUCAGAAACUUCAUUAAUCCUCAAUAGGCUUGUUUCUUUGGUACAUGUAAGUUUUCAUGUCACAGCAUUUCUCCUCAGCCAAGAAAUUCAUCUACCGUAAUUUUUGGCUGAUUACCUGUGGGUAAUCUGUUAGUUUUUCCACAAACAGUUGUUGGUGUGGGUUAUAGGAAGAUGUGAGUAAUACAAUAAUUUUUAAAGCUUCUGGUAUAGUUCUAAAACUAUAAGCAAGAAAAAAACAGAGAUGAUAACAUCCACUUGAGAUACUCUUAAAAAAAACCUGUGUAAUAACUCAUUUAUUUUGUGCAGAUUGCUCACUGUAGUGAGAGACUUAUAUUCUCUUGAUGAAAGCCGAUGCAAAUCAAAAACAUACAAAACUCAAUAAGCUUUUCUCUUGUUCAUACUCUCGCUAUGUUACCUUGUCAAUUUCACAGCUUUUUUCUUUGUGUAGUUCAACAAAUUCUCAACAAAUUAAAAGAAUUUUUUGAAAAAGCUGGCUUCAGACAAUUCAGGUAAUGAACUUUUGAAAAUAAAAUGGUGUGACAUAAUUUAAUUCAGUGAAAAAGCUGACACUGCCUUGAGUUAAAGAGCAAUUCCAUUUCACACUCAAAAUAUCAAUUUUCUUUGGAACAUUUUCAUUCUCAUUCUCAAUGAAACAGCAAAGACAAAAAGUGUGGGUUAUUUGCCAGUGCGGGUACUCUGUUGAAAUUUUUUUCUUGCCAUUGCAAAAAUUGACUAAUGUGGUAAUGCUUUUUGGAAAUUUCUUUUCAUUUGGUGGCAGUAACUCAUCAAAGUAAUUUGGUUCUGGAACAUUCUGCUAUGACUUAGAUGUUUAAGAAAUACACAGUUCUUGAAGUAUAUUAGUCAGUGAAUGACACAAGGAGACUCAGAGAAAAAGAACUCAACUCCGAGUACUCACAAUGUACAACCUUCCCAAUUUAGUUCUUUGAAUGCUUUACCACUGAGCAAAAGGAGUGACCAAGACAGAAUUUCUCCUUACACUAUCAGUAUAACAUCAAGCAGACAAGUGAUGAGAAUAAAGAAAAAUAUCAAUAAGGGGAUUAUUGGUUAAUUCAAUUCCAAAUUCUCCAAACUAACAUCAUAUGAAUUGUAUGACGGACAGUGAGGAAAAUUACUGAUGAGAGCUUGGGAGUUAAAGGGUUCUACUGUAGUUUAGGUCCAUGAAGACAAACUUCCUGCAUGCUGCAAGGAUAAGAAUGUCAGUAUGGGAUGCUUAUGUGUAAUGAUGAUGUUCAAUGUUUAUCAUGUACAUGUUAAGGAGGAUGGUGAAUUUUAAACAUGGUGCUUUCUUCUUCUGUAUUUUAACGGUGAUGCAGCCAAGAAAACUGAGAAGAACUGGGGAGCAAAGUUACAAACGUCCUGAGGGAAUGCAUCGUGAACUUUAUGCCUUGCUAUACAGUGACAGUAGGUCAGUGGAAAUUUGUUUUGAUGGAGUUAUAGUAUGAAAUACAUCUCUAUUGUAAUAAUUGAAAGUAUGUUGCCAUAGAUACAUGUAUUCUAAUGAAUUUCAAUGAAGAAUGGUGUUCAUAAUGUGAAAAACCAUCUUGGCUGAAAGGUAAUUUUGUUUUAUCAACUGAGUUGAUUAUGUAAAUUGGCCACUGUAAAGAUUUUGCUAAAGCUGAUGUUUCAAGCAUUAGCCCCUAAUUAGAGUGAAUGGAGGAAUUGUGGGUUAUAUGUUGUUUAUAAGCAGAAAGAAGCAACACUGUAUGUGAAUGCCAUUGGUGACAACAUGCUAAGGUGAAAAGCAGGAUUAAAUUAGUUUAAUGAAAAGUGUUGGUUGACAUGGUGUGGAUUAAGAAUGUUAAAUCUUUACUCUAUCUUACUGAGAUUACGCAAGCAGAACUGUGCUUGUGAUUAACAAAUCAGACUCCCACUUUGUAGUCAUACGAUGUUGUUAAUCACUCUAUGAUUACAGACUGAAUUGGACUCCACUCAGUCCUAAUACCAUUGUUAAAUAUUUUGUUUUGUAAUUAUUUAGAGACUCUCCACCACUGGCUUCAUCAGACACUUCUCAUGGCUAUAAGCAGAUGAAAGCCAAGUUAGGACGUAGGCAUGUGAGGCCAUGGAAGUGGGUGCCUUUCACUAACCCUGCUCGCACAGAUGGAGCAGUACUUUACCAUUGGAGAAGGGUGGCUGAUGAAGGAAAAGAAUAUCCAUUUGCCAGGUUUAAUAAGGUGAGGUUUUAUCGGUAGGAAUUGUCUCUGAAAAGUCAGGAAUUUUGAUUGAGUUGUUCUAAGGUUGCAAGUUUACUUUCUGAGUGUGUUUUUUUUUGCACAUUUUUGUUCAGACAAGAUCAUAUUUGUACAGUACAUGUGUGAUAAAGAUAUGUGGUCUAAAGGAUUUUUUCUUUUUCUUAAUGACACUGUUGAUUAUUUUAUACAUUUACACCAAUUUUUAAUGGUGUAAAUGUAUAAUAAUGCCUGCUUCUGAGAGAUUUUCAUAAAAAUUAAUGUUUGGAUGAGAAGCAACUCUUCAAGGGAAAAUUUAAAAUUUUGAGAGAGAUCAUUUAGAAAACAGUAUGAUCCACUGACGUAACAUCAAGGCACAGGGAGAUUUUUUUUUUUUUUAUAUAACCCUCCCAUUAAUUUUCGUACUGUGCUUUAACAAAUUUUGUUGACUGUUUUGUACUUUCCAGAGCAGCAUUAAAGAUCAGCUUUUUAUGUCAUUAUCACUUGGCUAUGCCAACAUAUUUGUUUUUUCUUCUAUGUAAAGAAAAUAAAAAUGAAAAACUGAAACUAUUGAGCUUGCUUUUUACUGCUGGCUUUGUUUCUUUUUUAAGAAAAUAAUUGGUGGUCAAAUAUCAUUGUUAAAACAGGGAUUUUGCACCACAUGACGUAACGUAGCCAAUAGAAUCUCGCAAAAAUUAUAGGGUGGAUUAUAAUCAUCAUGUUGACAUCUAGAGACAAUGUUUUUCUCUAAAUAUUUUUUAAAUAUUAAAUGUUAAAAUACUUUGUUUAUUCUUUAAAAUGAGCAGAAGGUGAAUGUUCCAAGCUAUACAGAUGAAGAGUACCAGGUAAUCUCUAUCAAAAUUAUAUGUACAUUUACAAAUUCGUAAAAAAGAGGGGUCAAUUUUAUUGUUUGUGAGGCUUGUUGUUAUUACCAGUUUGGGUAAAGAAUACAAAUGAAUGUAGUUAUUCACUGUGUUUUGCAGUGAAACAGAAAAAAAUAUAUACAAAAAGAAGUAUAAAAUUGGCUUAAUAGCAACUAUCUCCUUUUUACCUCGUGGAUGUGUGAAGCAGAGGAUUAAGUUGUAAUAUGUGAGGUCCAAUAUGCAAAUUUUAUUGUAUCAGCACAGUUUUAGGACUCUGGGGAGAGCGUGUAUCUCAGAAAAUAUGAGGUACAACUGUAAAAUGUAGCCUAGUGUGUCUUUUAGACUAGGCAUAAAACAUGAUGUAAGGCCUUGCAUUUAGUUAUUGUGGUUGUCUGAGACAUACUGUUUAAAGUUUUUAGGCAAAUCGUGAAAAAUGUAAAAAUGUGUAAUGGAUUACUAUAAUUGUUUGUUUAAUUUCUUCUUUACAGCUGUACCUUCAUGAUGGACCUCCUUCUACCUGGACACGAGAGGAAACUGAUCACUUGUUUGACCUGUGCAGGUAAUAGACAUGUAAAACCAUUUCAUAAGUCAGGCCUGAGAACAGUACAAAACUGAGACACUUCCUCUUGUAUCACAUCAGCGAUAAGUUUUGCUAUUUCUGGCGGCACUGAAAGGGCUAUAUCAUGUGGACAUUGGGCCCAAAUGCAAUUCCCUCGAAAAAGUCGUUGUUUAUACAAUGAAAAAAUUAAUUGCAAGUGCCCUCCACGGGCAAUUAAGGGUUAAUUUCACUUGUUUUUUCAGAGUUUUCCCAAAAUUGCCCUUGUUACUUCUAUACAAUUUAUGUGAAAUGUAUUCCUUAACUCGUUAGACCCUAAGAGUGACCAGCAUCUAAUUUCUCCUUAUAGUAAUACUGCUAAAUCAUUCAUUAAGAUCAUGCGAAUAAAGGAAAUGAUCACCAACACAAGAAGCUUUGAUCUUCAAAUAAAUUCUCCUUGUCAGUACCAAAAGAAAUAGAUAGAGAAGAGUAUGGAGAAUGUGGAUACUGAUGUUAGGGUGUAAAGGGCGAAUUACCCUUGGGGCCAUGUGAUCACAUAUACAAAACAAAGAGAUUACAUUUUGCCAUGUGUUUGUACAGUUAUUGUUGAUCGCUGUAGACAUCAAAAAUGUGGUAAAAAGCAUUGACACACUUUGCUGCCCCAUGUAUGCCAUUUUGUUGUUCUCAUCACAUUUUGAUGUUGUCUUUGAAUACAUGUACAGUAGUACAAAUCAUAUUUAUGCUCCUGUUUUCUUUGCAGACGGUUUGAUCUACGAUUUAUAACAAUUCAUGAUAGGUUUGACAGAGAAAAGUAUCAGGUAAUCAGAAGAAAUCUCAUAAUAUUUGCAUGUGUGGUUUUCUCGGGCCAAUUGUGGAUGAGAAUACAAAUUAAAAUUUCCUUUUUUUUCAAUUUUCAAUUUUUAUUUUUAAAAUUGUGAAUUUUUUCAUAGCAUAAAGUGUGGGCUUAUGUUUCUUUGUUUCUCAUCUCUCCAAUAAUUUAAACAAAUUAACUGAACACCUUACAUGAACAGUAUUAUGCUAUUUACCUUCAAGAGUUUACUGAUUGUUUGUGUUGUUGUAGACUCGCACCAUUGAAGAGUUAAAGGAUCGCUAUUAUAGCUGUGUUACAAGGUUACUCAAGGUAUGUUAAAUAGCUGCUUGUCUUAAAGGUUGCUAUGUCAGUAAGAUAUCCUACAGUGUAUCUUCUCUCCACCUCACUUAAACCCUCUGCACCCAAGGUCAGUAUACAUAUUCUCCAUACUGUUCUCUGAACAAAUUUCAAGAUGCUUUCAAGGAGAAUUUGUCUCACAAUCAAGAGCUUCCUUAGUUGGUGAUUAUUUAUUGCAUUCAAUGAAGGAGAAGGCAUGCUAAUCGUGUCAUUUUUAGGGAAAUCAUUCUUGAGGGUUUUAUUGACCAGUCCCUAGGGGAUCAAUCGUGAUGCCAUGCGAUUUCAGGCAUUGGGCGCCAGUUAGGACUGGCUGGCUGUGUGGCUCAAAUAGCUUCGAUCUCAUUUGCAAAUGUUUUCUUGGCCGCCUUGAGCUGAAAACACCAAUUUUUUUUCUGUGCAAUCAGUACAUUAAAAAAAUCUCUUAUUAGAGAUUGCACACACUUUACUAAUCUUUGAUUAUUACUAGUUUUAUCCAAUGACCUUUGUGCGUGAUUCAAGGGUGAUAUUUUAAGGAGAAAAUAAAUGCUCUUUGGGGUUAAAGGGUUUACCCUCAUUGGCUUUACCUUACAAGCUAGAUAUGUAGGUUCCUUACAAUCUACACUGGCUGACAUAUGAUUCAAGUGAUAUUAAUUAAAUUAAAUGUAUACCUUUUUAAGAAUUCACUUGUCAUUUAAUCCCGCCUUUCUUUAGAUUUCUGAAAUUGAUUUGAAUGCUUCAGAACAAAUUUUUUUAAUGAGUGAUUUCUAAACAAGGUUUCCUUUUAAAACUGACUAAAGCCCUUUUGUUACCAUUUAACUGCUAAGAGUGAUUGGUUUCUAAUUUCUCCUUAUAGAGUCAUCCUUGAAUUAAGCUUUAAGGUUAUGAGAAACAAAAUGAUCACUAAGUUAAGAAGCUCUUGAUUGUCAAACAAAUUCUUCUUGUCAGUGCUUUAGGAAAUGUUGAGGAAACAGUGGGGGAACAUGAAUACUAAAUUGUGUAGGUUGUAAAGGGUGAAUAUAAUUGAAGUUGCAUUGAAUUCAGGAAUGAAACACUUAUUAAUUGAAAUAAGACAGAUGGUAAAUAUUAAGCUUGGUCAUGAAAGAAAGAAAGAAAGAAAGAUUUAAGUUGUCUGGACACAAUGGUGCAAAAAAAAUUUUGUUUUCCACAGGCUAGAGCCCCCCCUGGACAAGAACCACAGAACUUGCCAGCACGUUAUGAUGGUCAGCAUGAAACAGAGAGAAAGAAACAGCUUUUGAAGUUGUUUAACCGUACACAAGAACAGGUACAGGCCUCUGCCUAUGAACUUUGGUACAUGUAAAAAUGAUUGAGCUUCGUGUAACAACAGUACCUUAAAAACCAGAUAAAGAAAAAAAAGACAGGUGUGCACACUUUUAGGAUCUUAUUAGCAAUUCCCUUUACUGUCUGCUUUAAAAAUUCUUAUGCUUGUAGUUUGGUGAAUUUGGUAUUGGAUCAAUUAAUACUCUAAUUGAUAUUUUUUGAAAUUCUUUUCUGCUUGAUAUUGAAUUGAUAAAUUGCUGUAAGGAGAAUUUCUGAUAACUCAUGGGUGUUUGAGGGUUAAUGAUGGAACUGAGAAGAGUGUUUUUUUGGAGUUAUCAGACUUAUUUUGUAUAAUCUCCUUCACUUAAUCUUUUAACUCUCUAACUCCUAAGAUCUCAUUUGUAAUUCUCCUUAUUGUCUACGAUCCGGUUCUUGUGAUGUUAGUUUGAAGAAUUUGGUACUGGAUCAACUAAUAAUCUCCUGAUUGAUAUUUUUCUUUUUUCUCAUCACUUUUCUGCUUGAUAUUGUAUUGAUAUUGUAAGGAGAAAUUCUGUCUUGGUCACCCUGGGGAGUUAAAAGGUUAAGGUGCAAUAGGAAGAAAUGAUCUUGGAUCUUAUUUCUAACUCUCCUUACUGUAUUGGAUCAACCAAGAAUCCCCUUAUUGAUAUUUUUCUGAAUUCUCAUCACUUGUCUGCUUGAUAUUCUAUUGAUAAUUGGUAUUGUUGGAGUUAAAAGGUUUAAAUCAAGGAACUGAGGAGAGUUUUUUUAUUGAAGUUUUCAUACUUAUUUUGUAUUAUCUUCUGAACUUAAUCUUUUCAGGUACAAGAGGAAGAAAUGCUUGUGGCAGAAUUGAGAAAAAUUGAAAUGCGUAAGAAAGAGAGGGAAAAGAAACAGCAGGAUUUACAGAAACUCAUCACAGCUGCUGAGAAUCAAACAGACUCAUACAGACUGAAGUAAGUGUAUAAGUGCCUGUCUGGCCUGUUUACUCUCAUUGGGCGCUAACAUAUUUCUCAGUUUUACUGUAGCAAUGAGAACUUACAGUUUACUUUGUUCUUGCCAGAAAAUGAAACUCAUAAAGAUUGAUCAACAGUUAUGACUGAAUGUGGAACCUCUCUUUCACUCAGGCUGACAUGAAACAGUUGACAAUGGGGACUUUCAAAGUAUAGUGUGAUUCAUCUUAUUAUUUUCUUCACCAGAAGAGACAAGAAACAAGUUAAAAAGAAGCAAACUAAGAAGAAGGGGGAACUAGGUGACAAACCAGUCAAGGUAAAAAGAUUGAUUAAAGGAUUUAAGUCACUGUUUUUGCAGCAAGUAAAAUGCAGUCUUUUUUCAUGUACUGUAUGUACAUGUAAUUUCUCCAUUUUUAAAUGGAGAAUUGAAAUUCUUGGCCACUCAAAAUAGAGCCUCAUUCCAGCUUGGUUUAUUAUUUUUUUAGUGAGCAUUUUUCCUUUGUUUAUGUUUUGUUUAUUUUUGUUCUGACGAUUAUUAAAGGGUGCCUCCACCAUUUGCUGUGCCUCUCAGGGCAUCUUAGGUCAAUUCAGAGCUUCCCUUUUGUAUUUCUUUGCACAAGGGAGGCCCAGUUACACUAAAAACCUGAUGAAAGACAUCUAUCCACAUGUAUCAUGUUGUUAAUUUUCCUAGGCUGAACCAUCAGGAGUCAAGUUUCCAGAGAGUAAAGGAGCUGGUGUGUAUCUGCGCAGUGCAAGGGUAAGAAUGGCAAAAUCCAUCAUAAGUCAACUUUGAGUGAUUGGCAUUUAAUUUCUCCUUUCAACAUCACUCCUAAAUCAAACAGUAAGGUUAGGAGAAUACAGGAAAUGAUCACCACUAAGGUAGCUACCAAUAAUUAUUAAAAAAAUUCUCCUUUUCAGCACCUUAUGAAAUCAUAACUGAGUUGAUAAUGUAAAUUAGCCAUUGUAAAGGGGUUUAUAAAGCUGAAGUUUUGGGUGUUGGCCUUCAUCAUUUGCCUUGCUGAAGGCUAACGCUCAAAAGAUCAGUUUUAAAAACUCUCUACGGUGGCCAAUUUAUGUUAGGAACUCAGUAGAUUUAACCAAAUUAUCUCGUUAUACCCCAACCAACACAGCACCACAGUCUCUGUGGUAACUUGCAUUGUACUCCCUUCAUAUAUUUUAAGUUCUGUUUGUUUUUUUUCUUGACAAUUCUUAGAUGAAGAUGCCAGGAUCAGUUGGAAUCAAGAAAGCUAAGGCAGUUGAGCAACUCCUCGAGGAGUUAGGAGUUGGUAGGUGAAACAGAAAAACUGAUUGUGAUUCGUUAUUUAUUUAUUAAUUUUUUUCACUAAUAUAUGUUCUCCACUGCUUAAUUAUCGUUUAACAAUGAUUCGUAAAAAUUAAUAAGCAAUGAGUUCGAUCGUUUCCUUUUGAGUGAGAGAAAAAUUGUUUCAUUUUGUGUGUGGGGGCAAAGGUUUCUUUUUGGGGAUUUAUGAAAAAGAAAUCCAUGAUCAUGCAAAAACUCUUUUCCCUUUUUUUAAUUGGGGGUUGGGGGAAGGUGUUGAGGAGAGAAUAUUACCAAUCACAUAUUUCAGCUGUAGUUAUUUCUGCGCCACCUUUCCCAAGACAGUGAGCUAAAUAUUGCAAAGAUUUAGGAAAAACAUUUAACAGUUUAGUCAUCAAUUGCCAAAUUCUGUAGAAUGAUAGGUGAGACUCAGUUUCAGAUAAAUUGCCCAAUUGAUUCUGGAUAUUUAUCUUUACCAGAUCUCAUGCCGAUGCCAACUGAACACAUCAGCCAUCAAUUUAAUGAACUGAGGUAAAUCGUGAACAUGUAGUUUUAUUAUCAUUUUGCCGCAGUUAAUAUUUGGAGUCAGUUUUUUUGGUAAAUGUAGGGAAAUUUAUCAAAAUGACAGUAUCCUUAUCUUGAAUGUGAUCACACCAAACAAAAACUCGCCUCACAGGACGGUUAACCGAUCAGGACUUUCAGAGAUAGGCCUCGUGGUCUGACUAUAGUUAAACGGUAAAGCGAAAGUUUUUAGUGAUGAAAGAUUAGCUUAUGUAAUGAUAUUCUGUACAUUGUUGUAUUAUGAUUGAAUAUGAUUUUUUAUUGUAAUAGUGUAGUUUGAUCGUCCAGGUGAAUGUACAGUAGUCCUGAGAAGGGCUGUUGUCGUUAGUGGUGACUGACGUUUCGACAACUUGGGCGGGAGUCAUCAUCCGAGUCAAGUGAAUAGUUGUUGUCAGUCGAAUGUUUCUAGUCCGAUUUGUAUAAACUGAUUGGUCAGUUUUGCCGUGAUAUUAUUGGCUGUAAGAAUCAAUCAAUCAAUCAAUUCUCAGGAUUGCACUCACCCGGAAGAUCAAACUAUGCUAUUACACGUUACCCUCGGGUUCAAACCAUUUACUUUAUGACUGUUUAUUAUUGCAUUUUACCUGAAAAGAAAUGAGAUGAUUCUGCUGUAUGAUUUGAAGCAAGCUGCUGGAAACUGUGAAUUUGAAAUCCAGUCUUUGAAGUAAGUUAUUAACCAUAGUGACGUUUGAAGCCUUAGCCUAAUCGUCAGAGCGAGUGGCCCAGAGCUAACGCUCAUAACGUCAACCUUAGAAUCUCUUUACGGUGGCCAAUUGACAUAAUCAACUCAAGUGAUAAAACCAAAUGAUCUUGUAUGAUAACGUACCCAUUAAUUUUUUACGCGAUUUUCUUGGCUACUUUACGUCACAUGGUGCAAAAUCGGUCAGUUGUCACCGGACAGUUAUCGCUCAAUAACCUUUGUCUGCUUCGAUAUUUGCCCUUCGAUUAUUUCCGUCGAAAAAAGACAAAUUUAGUGCUCAUAAGUUUCCACUUUUCGCCUCUAUUAUUUUACACGGAAGAAAAAAAGACUCGCCUCGUAGAGUCUAGUGAUAUUGACAUAAUAAAUCCAUCAUUGGCCGUGAACAGAGCAACACCGGUUUUUUUUACAAGCGGUCUUUUUUACAAGCGGCCUCGCGCGAUAUGUAAAUCAAACGGAGGGUUAUAAAAUAAAUAACCUUCCUUCGAGCGUGCUGGUUUGUCCGCUGAUAAUGUCCUUGGGAGAGAGUGUCUUCAAAAUUUCACAUUUGCCCUCGAAGUUUCGCUUCUCGGCCACAUAUUCAUUUUUGGGACAAUCUCUCAGCCGCGGACAUAAUCCGCCAACAUACAAGCUGAUUCUAUGGCUUAAAUGCAUGUAAAUUGAGGACUUUUUGUAAGUGAAUUGCUUAUACAACCCAUGUACCUUACUGUGUUUCUGUAGGUCCUUUUCAAAAUUUCCUAAAUUUGAAUCAUGCAAGAAAAGGAAAAAAAAAACAAUUUUAUCUCUUGCCUAUGUUGUGAUAAUCAUUUGAAGUAUCUUAAGUACCUUUUGUUUUAUGAUAGACAUCGCCUGGAAGCAUUGGGAAAAGACAUAUCUACCAUAAACGGUAUCCAGUCAUAAUGUUACCAUUAUUGAUAUCUGUUACUUUAUCUUGCAAUGUUUUUUAAAGAAAGAUUGUAUCUUGUAUUACGGUUCUUAUUCUGUAUUUCUAUUUUUGUUAGUUCCUGUGGAAGCUGUCACUGUUGUUCCUAAAGUGGUGGGUAUUUUUUUCUGAGAUUGCAUCUUCUUUUCUUUGAUGACAUUUGCAUAAAGUAAUCCCCAACGAUCAGAAAGAAAUAUGCUUUUAUUUUCAGUUUCCUACAUGUACCUUAUUCGAUAGUUUGAUAGGCGCGCAUAUUUUGCGCGCUGCGUUGUAUUUUUCUAGGCUCCGUCGAGGUUAGGAAAAACACGAGAAAAGAGAAUUUUUAGAUUCACGUUUGGUGUGUUAACCGCAAACGUCAAACUGCGGUCAGCAGCAAGUUCUAAAUUUGCAGCUUUUUAGAUCGACAUCAACGAAAAAAAAAAAAAAACGUGCGCCGCCAUCUUGAAUUACACAAAGGAUAGAAAUACUUUAUACACAAAAUGUGGAUAAAAGUUUGGUUUUCUAGCAUCCAGAACGGAUUUGUUAAAAGGAAAAGACUUCAUCUCACGUAUGUUUACAGGACGCCCGUUAGAACUUUCGAACAGGAAUAUUAAAAGCGCCAAGGGGGUUGACCCACCUGAAACUGCCUCGCCUGAAGUUCUUUCAUGGACCGUAAACGGCGAACGUAAACGCUGCAGCCUGGUCACCAGACCUCUAGCGGUUUGCGGUCACACGUACUCAGAAGAAAAACGUUGAUCUAAAAACUCCCAAAUGAACAAAGUAUCCGCUCGUAUUACAUGUUAAACCAUCGAAUAAAGAAUUUAUGAUUUAAUUUUUAAGUAUUUUAGCUUUAAGUUUUUUAAAUCUUCCAGCGGCCUUAUCGGAGAGUCGUCUCGAUUGCAUAGAGUUUUCUUCUUUCGUUUUCAGCAAAUUACAGCUCCUUCCUCGACACCUUUGAUAGAUGCCGUCACCCCUUCUCCGGGAACUCCAAACGCCGUGAGUAUUGAUAGCUAAAUGUAUGGUGGCAAAUUCCGAACUGGCAGAGCCUCAAAAUUUCUCCUUUGUCUCUGGCUCCAAUUGUGAAAGAACUGAUGGAUUCUUAGCCUGAUCCAGGCGGUCAGUUAGUAAAACGGAACGAAAUAGUAAACGGUACGAUUGAAGCGGCGGGGUGAAAAAGCGAGGGAGGGCUGGGUCGGGUAGCGUUUCAUUUCGUGAUCCGACUUAAACUCUCCCUCACUAUAAACAACGUCAAACAGACACGUCACACCGGUUAAGGUCAAGUCACCCUAAAGUCAUCUUGCCUAAAGUCAUGUCGCCUGAAACCAGAAUCAUGUCACCCGAUUUUUUUAUAUUACAUGUAAAACAUAAAAGGCAAAUUAUUACUAAGCGCUGAAGGUACUGAUCGAUCGAAGAACCCUAUUGAUGUAUUUCCGUAGGUGUGUGCGAAAUGAUGGCAUACCAAACCAAAAUGCUUCACUUUGUUGUUCGAAUUAGCAACGCUUCUGGAGUCGUCGCUCAUAAAUAUUGUAGUUCUGACCAUGUGAUCGUUUUCUGUGCAAUCAAAGUCUUUAUGGUGUUGUCGGCAACGAACACCGCUUGAGUGAUAAAGAUCUCUCUUCUUCAUUACCAAUUUACAUUGUACGGUCUGAUCUUAAUUCUGGUUUCAUGUGACAUGAGUCUGGUUUUGGGUGACAUGACUCUGGUUUCGGACGACACGAUUCUGGUCUCGUGCGACAUUAGGGUAUCAAAACCUGCUUCUCAAUUCUUUAAAUUUUGACUGUAAAAUAUGGCUUUGGGCCCGUUAGGUUACAGGUAAUCUCAAGAAACGGGGCCCUUGGCCGAUGCUGGAGUAGAAAGAAAUAGCAAGUGCUCCAUCGAACUUGCUUGUAGCUGAAAUAAGAAAUUCUUAAUGAGUUCAAUUUAAUUUGUUGCAUCUCUGGUUCUCCAAACAGAGAAAAAGAAGAACAACAACGUCGUUUAUGGACCAAAAUGUGAUGAAGAAAACCAAAAGACUUUAGGAGCAAAAACACUAUGAGGACCCCUCAGUGUUUCUCGAUACGGGAUUCACGUAGGGAUAUUGCAAAUAUUAGAUUUGCAUAACGCAUUCAGUUUGUAAAUAAAAUUAAAAAAAAGUUUCACAAGAUUCCUUUUGAAUGAAAUCUCUCUGUAAUUUUCUUUCAGUCAUAUUUUAAUUGUCAUGUGUAAGAUUGAUUGUAAGAAAUUGGUACACGUUUUGUUAGAGUACCCUAAAAAACAUCUUUCUCUAUUUCUUUACCG